AGACGGUGAAAGCCUGGGCGAGAGCUGUCAGGGAGGGAGAGAUCGGAGUCUCUCCGCGGAACGGGCAGAAUACACAACCCGAGCACUGUUGGACUUUGGAUUGCUUCGCACCAGGAUAUUGAUAUCGAGCAAUUUUUAUUGCUCUGUCCGAAUUGAGACAUUUGUUAAGUUCAAUAAUAUUGCGUCGUUGGUGCAUGUGCAUUUGAACAUUAACAGUUUGCAUCUACCCCCUAAACCCGUGCCCAAUGCCGAGGAAUGGAUAGUGUGUCUGAGAAAGGUGGAAAGAUGGUCGAGAGUGAUGAGCAGUCGGAGAGGGAAAGUGGUGGUGGCGCAGCGAUGGCAGCUCUACACCAAUGCGAACUCAUCCAGAACAUGAUUGAAAUCUCCAUAUCCAGUUUACAGGGGCUCCGGACGAAAUGCGCCGCGUCCAACGACCUCACACAGCAAGAGAUACGUACUUUAGAGGUGAAGCUGAUGAAGUACAUUUGUAAGCAGCUGCAGUGUAAGCAGAAAGUGCCAGAGACGGAGAGGCCUCAAGCCUUGGACAGCUACCCACGGCUGGGGGACUGGCUGCGCACCGUCAACCUGAGACCUGAGCUCAUAGAGGCGGUGCCGGUGAAGCUGUCCUUGGAUGCCUUGCUGCAGAUGCCAGGUUCUCACGUGCGGGAGACCAUGAGGAGACUGGGCUCCAGUUUAGAGGAGUGUUCUAGGCUCAGCGCUGCCCUCUCUUGCCUGAAGAGCGCCACUGAAUCAGAUGGAGAGCUAAGAGAGGAUGGGGGGCCCUGGUUCUCUGAGCCGACCCGGCGAGAAAGUGGCUCUCUGCUGCUGCCUCCUGACCAGCUGUUGGGAGGGAUGGGGGGUCCAAUGCGCCCCCACAGCCCCUCUCCUCUAGCUCGGCCCCCCACCACCCCAUCCACUCCCUCCACACCCUGCACCGCGUGUGCCCAUCCCCGGUCCUUCUCCGUGUCUACAAUGCCUGGUCCCGAGGCCCACGGGGCAUACGUUUACGCUGACACCCCCUCCACAGACCCCUUCCCCCUCUCUGCCGCCCGACAGGGGCGACUCCACGGGCACACCUCCACCCCGCCCCUCACUCCGCCCUCCAAGAGACGCCACAGGCUGAAGCCCCCCUGCACCCCGCCGCCACCCUCCCGCAAGGUGCUGCACCUUCUGCCCAACAUCACCCUGACCCGCAGCAAGAGCCACGAGUCCCAGCUGGGGAACCGCAUCGAGGAGCCGCCAACCAACAAGUGUGCAAAGAAGAAUAAGUUGUUCCUCAACGUUCAGAUCAAUGGGAAUGGCUGUGAGGACUCACCCUCCCGUUCCCCCCACCGGUCUGCCCGCACCCCUGGGGUUUCCACCCCCGCCCCUGUCCCCGCCCCCUACACCCUACCUGGUACCCCUACCCUGAUGGAGGAGCAUUCAUCCCACCUCAAGAAUAACAUGGGGUUGCACCGUGGCUCCCCACAGGCAGUGAGGAGAGACAUAGGCCUGGCCGUCACUCACAGAUUUUCCACCAAGUCGUGGCUGUCCCAGACAUGUCAGGUCUGUCAGAAGAACAUGAUGUUUGGUGUGAAGUGUAAACACUGCAGGUUAAAGUGCCAUAACAAGUGUACUAAAGAAGCUCCCUCCUGCAGAAUCUCUUUCCUGCCAAUCACCAAAAUACGGAGGACUGAGUCUGUGCCGUCUGACAUCAACAACCCUGUGGACCGGCCAUUAGAGACACCACAGUUUGGCACACUGCCAAAGGCCAUCACCAAAAAGGAUCACCCCCCUGCGCUGAACCAGUUGGACUCCAGUAGUAACCCAUCCUCCACCACCUCCUCCACACCCUCCUCCCCUGCCCCUUUCCAGAACCCUCCCAGUGCCACCCCGCCCCCCAACUCCUCGCCCAAGGUCCACCGGGACAACCGCUUCCACUUCCCAGCUGCCUGCUACUUUCAGCAUAGACAGCAGUUUAUCUUCCCUGAUGUGUCCAGUUCUUCUACGUUGCACUCUGAAGCCCUCCAUGACACAGUUGAGACUGAACCAGCAGAUGACAUACACUUUGAACUGGCCGAGGAUGAGGACGGAGAGGAGGAAGAGGAGGAGGUGGUUGAACCUGAGAUCGACCCAGACCCAGUAGUGGAGGAGGAAGAUGAGGAGGAGGAGGAGGAGGAGGAAGAUGAUGAUGAGGAAGAUGAAGAUGGGGGUGGGAGUGAGAUGAAUGGGGGUUCGGAUGGUGAGUGUGAUGGUGAUGAGUUGGAUGACCUGCCCAACUCAAGGGGAGGUCGCUGGAAAGGCCCCAUCUCCCGUAAGGCCAGCCAGACCAGUGUCUACUUGCAGGAGUGGGACAUCCCCUUCGAACAGCUGGACCUGGGAGAGCUCAUUGGGAAGGGCCGUUGGGGCAAGGUGCAUAAGGGCCGUUGGCAUGGGGAGGUGGCCAUCAGGCUGCUGGAGAUAGAUGGGAACAACCAGGACCACCUGAAGCUGUUUAAGAAGGAGGUGAUGAACUACAGACAGACCCGUCAUGAGAACGUGGUCCUCUUCAUGGGGGCCUGCAUGGCCCCGCCCCACCUCGCCAUCAUCACCAGUUUCUGUAAAGGGAGGACAUUAUACUCUGUCGUUCGAGACACCAAAAACACACUGGAUAUAAACAAGACGAGGCAAAUUGCUCAAGAAAUUGUAAAGGGAAUGGGCUAUCUGCAUGCCAAAGGCAUUGUCCACAAGGACUUGAAGUCGAAGAACGUCUUUCAUGACACCAAUAAAGUGAUUAUUACAGACUUUGGUCUGUUUGGAAUCUCUGGAGUGGUUCAGGAGGGGAGGCGAGACAAUGAGCUGAAGCUUCCACAUGGCUGGAUCUGUUACCUGGCGCCAGAGAUCGUACGCAGGAUGAGCCCUGGAAACAAUGAGGACCGCCUGCCAUUCUCCAACGCUGCAGACGUCUACGCCUUUGGCACCAUUUGGUACGAGCUCCAAGCCAGGGACUGGCCUAUCACCAACCAGCCUGUGGAGGCUACCAUCUGGCAGGUGGGGAGUGGUGAGGGCAUCAAGAAGGUCCUGGCAGAGAUCAGCCUGGGAAAGGAGGUCACGGAGAUCCUGUCUGCCUGCUGGGCCUAUGACCUGAGGGAGCGGCCCACCUUCACCCAGCUGGCUGACAUGCUGGAGAAGCUGCCCAAACUCAACCGGAGACUGUCCCACCCUGGACACUUCUGGAAGUCUGCAGAGUACGUAUCCUAGAGGUGGAGGUAGAGGUAGAAGCAUGGGAGGAGUAUAUGUCCUGCCUGCCCUGAGAUGCACUGGGCUCUGACUCGUCUGGAAUGGACUUUUGUAUAAAACAAAGGGGUUCAACUGAAGGCUUGUAAAGGAUGACCCCCAGAUUGCUGUGAGGCCCACUGAUGUAAAACUAAUGGGGACCAGGCAGGGUAUGCCUGAGUAGACUCUUGGUAGUAGUUUAUGUUCAUAAUAUUCAUGAGCCACAUUAGCAUCUGAUGGUCCACUGCAAAUACAUUGACCCCUGUAAUAUGAGGGACGGUGAUUUCUAAUGGUGAAUCGUUUAUCAUUUAGAAAUGAACCAUAUGUGAUGCUAAGGGAAUGUUCUUUGUUUUAUCUUCUGCUUUCCAAACUCUAUCUCCCCCAGGAUGUGACUGUGAGUUGAAUGCACUUUUGUGUUUAAAGCAUUGUUUUGUCCCACCCUUUUCUGGACUAUUGCCUGACCUGCUCUGUACCCCUACAUCUCCACACCCCUCUCCACUUCUCAUAUGUUUGAUAUACAGUACCUGGUCCAGAUUUCUCUCCACCUCUCCUACCAUCUCUCUCCUGCUCGUUCUCUGUAACUUUCUCAUUCACUACAUACUGCAUGUCUGUCACUCAAAGGCCCAUGGGUGGAGUCUUCUCUCACAUGAACCUGUUGUCCAGUAACAGCCACCAUCAGUUCAACAACUCUCUGCUAGUGGAACUGGCUUGGCUACUGGUCUUCUGUUUGUAUUCAAACACACGCUGGCCUCUUCUAACACGAUCAGGAAUGAUACCACAGAUGCCCCAACAAAGUCUGCCUGCAUAGCAUGCCAGAGCUUGAAUGGGAAGAGAAGCACUUACCAGCUUGCAUGGUGUUUGCCAUGGUCUGUUGGGACACUUUGCAUGGGCUUGUGAAUCCAGAAAAAGCUUUCUGUGAGAAAGCUCAUCUGAGUUUUCUGCGAUACAGAAAUCUGGACCCUUGUUUCAUGUUGAAGUAUUUACCUGUCUACUCUACUGCACCGGUCUUAUUCUCUCUUAAUGUUACACCUGUUAGCAUAGUUUCACCAACAGUCUCUAACCUCCCAUGUUUUCCUUUGUUCUCCCUCUCUCUCUUUGUGUUUUCUGUCUUCCUAAUAUAGGUUGUAGCCGUCACUAUGAAAUAUAAGCAAUGCAAAACAAACAAAGCCUGGGUCUGCCUUGCAUGCUCCUGAAAUCCUUAACUCUUAGGAUUGAUCAAAACAUUGACUGCCUGAUAGAGACACUGCUUCCACUAACCCACAGCCUGAUCUUCCAUGUCUAUUAAACUGUAGUGUUUGGUUGUAUGGGAGUGAAGGGUUCUGGACUGAGGUAGUGCUUCGCUACCUCCCCUCAACUUUCCUUCCUUCAUCUCAAAACUUCUUGCCUUCAUUUUUAUUUUAUUUAUUUUUUGCUUUUUGGACUAUCUGAGACUUGUGACUAACUGGUUUGUGGUGUCUGUGAUAAGACUGACUGGUGUGCUGUGGCCUGUGCCUGGUGGCUGACGGCUGCUCUGCUGUGUUCUGCUCCGUCUGCAGCCUGCCCUGCUCUCUCUCCUCUCUGUGCUGCUGUGAUGGGGUUCUUCCUGCUGGGGGCUCCCAGACGACGCGGCCCAGAAACACUCCGUGGGCCAAAACAAUGUUUUAACUCCUAUCACAAAUGUACCUCUGCAUUCACUCCCUCCUCUUUUCUCAUUGUGGUCUUGAUGCUUCAGGCUGCUUGAGUGAUGUAAUCCAACUCUUGAUUCUUACCCCUCAGCUCUCUGCAGUAAUUUGAUGGCAUGCGCUGUGACACUGUCAUCGUGCUGACCCAUAUCUGCCUUCUGGUCACUCGCUACAUGUACACAUUAUUUCAACAGGAGAAAAAACUAUAAGAAACAAACUAUCACCUUUGGUUGUUGGUUCCUAUUUAAAGUAAUCAUUUUUGUAGUGUUUAUUAUUUUGUUCCAUGAAAUUUGAAAGCACAAAGGUCUCAGGAGUUGGGAGAGCAUGAUUUAAUUGACUCUUGUCUCCGUGUUGCUUGUUUGAGUAGAAUCUGAUGAAACCAUACAUUUGAAAACGGCUCGGUGCAUGAAUGACGAAUGAAUAUGUUGACAGUUCACAGGUGUCAGCAUGCAAUGGGACCUUCCUCUCAUCAUCUCACUACCCACUGGAAAUGGAAUUAUGUUGGUUAUUUAUGACUGAAGGUAUGUGAUGAUGAAGUGAGUGCCCUGAUUAUUAAAAGGCAUAAGAGGGCGCCACAGGGAAGCAGGAGAUGCCUUCUAUCAGCCUGUGAGUGGUGUAGAGGUAGACCAUUCAAGUAGUUUAGUAGAGUCAUUUACAGUGCAAAAAUAAUAGAACAAGAGCCUGGUGCAAAAGUAUCCGCUAAUUUACUCCUUAAACAUGACCUUUUGUGCGUGCUUGUGUGUAUUAUGUUUGUGAUUGCUUGCCUCAGUUGGUGUGCCUGUAUUUGUGUUUGUUUGUGAGUGUAUGUGCGAGUGAGUGUAUUGUAUUGGAACAUGCAGGGUUGAUUUAGUGAAAGACUGCAGUAAAUGUUAUAUUGACGAUAUCAGUGCUAUCUAAGAUAGACAUGUAUAUACAUUAUUUAAUGUACAGCUAAUUAACACAAUUGUAAUAUUUGUACAAACAUUUUAUAUGUACUAUACAUCAUUGCAUUUUUAAAUAGAUACUGCCCCCCCUAUUACAGAUGUAUAUAUCUUUAUAUUUUUUCAUGUACAAAAUACUGUAAAAAUACUGUACAUUUUUUUUGAAUGUUUUUUAUGUCAUGUAAAAAUUCAUAUUUUUGUAUUGCAUGUGGCUACCAUUCUGUAAACACAGUUUCUGUUUUCAUCCUUGAAAGAAAAUAAAAUGAAGCUUGUCAUGUGAAAAUGUAUGUUUGAGCUGAAUUUAAUAAAGUAUUUUAGUUA